CGCAGUAAAUCUGUCGAGGUCUUACAUAAAAAUUUCGCAAAAAGUUGGUUUGAAUUGGCGACGUGUUGAAUAGAGAAUAAAUGUAGCGAGUGAAAGUGAAAGGCAACGGAAACGUGAACAUUUGAAAUCAAACGAUAUUUAUCCAAUUAAAACUCGAAGAAAUCUUGAAAAGGGCUUUUAAAUUAGGCGUUGAGAACUAUAAAUCGGUAACGAAAAUUUUAAACAUCCGACCGUUAUCGAAGUUUGGGUAAUGGAGAUCUCUUAUAAUUCUGAUGCAGUUUUGAAUUAAUUUAUUUACAGGAUGUUUGGGAUCUCAGUCAGGUCAAAUGCAGAAAGCUGGCCGCUUAAUUUAUCUGUCAACAUAUUAAUAUAAAAGAUGAUUUAUGACAUGAUCAGAUUUCUAGAGUCGCCCACCUCAAAUUAUGACUAUGGCAGCAAUGGCGCCUACAUUCAAUACAAUACGACAGCAGGGCCAGUGGAAGACAAAAUCAAUGUGCAUUUGGUUCCUCAUAGCCAUGACGAUGUGGGAUGGCUCAAAACUGUUGAUCAGUACUACAUUGGAUCCAAUAACAGUAUUCAGGGAGCAUGUGUGAAGAAUGUGUUAGAUAGCCUGGUUUUGGCAUUGCAAGAGGAUCCCAACAGAAAAUUUAUUUUCGCAGAACAGGCUUUUUUUCAGAGGUGGUGGAGGGAGCAAAGUGAUGAAAAACAGACACAAGUGAAGAAGCUAGUUGAUGCAGGCCAGCUUGAAUUCAUUAAUGGUGGUUGGUGUAUGCACGAUGAAGCAACAGUGCAUUAUAUAGACAUGAUCGAUCAGACAACCCUUGGGCAUCGUUUUAUCAAGCAACAAUUUAACAAAACUCCACGAGUUGGAUGGCAGAUUGAUCCCUUUGGACAUUCUGCAGUCCAAGCAUAUUUGCUGGGCGCUGAGCUUGGGUUCGACUCUCUGUUUUUUGCACGCAUAGAUUAUCAGGAUAGAGCAAAGCGAAAAGAUCAGAAGUCCUUAGAAGUUGUGUGGCGGGGGUCUAAGACAUUUGGUUCUUCUUCUCAGAUAUUUGCUGGUGCAUUUCCUGUUCACUAUAGUCCUCCACCUGGUUUUCAUUUUGAAGUUAAUGAUGAUGAUGAUCCAAUUCAGGAUGAUGUUCUUCUUUUUGAUUACAAUGUUGAUCAAAGGGUAAACGAUUUUGUCGAUGCAUCAAUUACCCAGGCCAACAUUACUCGUACAAACCACAUUAUGUGGACAAUGGGAGAUGACUUUCAGUAUCAAUAUGCAAAUUCUUGGUUCACGCAAAUGGACAAGUUUAUUCAUUAUGUAAAUAAGGACGGACGAGUUAAUGCAUUUUAUUCAACUCCAUCAAUUUACACUGAUGCAAAGAAUGCUGCAAAUGAAGCAUGGCCCCUAAAAGUUGAUGAUUACUUCCCGUAUGCAGAUAGUGAAAAUGCUUAUUGGACAGGAUAUUUCACAAGCAGGCCAGGUCUCAAGGGAUAUGUUCGCUACUUAAGUGGUUAUUAUCUAGCAGCACGACAGCUUGAAUUCUUAGUUGGCAGGAAAAGUGGGAGCUCAAAUACAGAUCUUUUAGGUGAUGCUUUGGGAAUCGCACAACAUCAUGAUGCAGUUAGUGGCACUGAAAAGCAACACACUGCAAACGAUUAUGCUAAACGUCUUGCAAUUGGAGCUUCUCAGGCAGAAGAGGUAGUGAGUUUAGCUCUCUCUUGCUUGACAAGCUCAGAAACUUCUGGUUGUCCAAAUAUAUCAAGGUUUGAACAGUGUGGAAGCCUAAACAUCAGUAUAUGCCCACCAACACAGACAGACCUUCCACUGGGCAAGAUCCUGGUCGUGCUGAUAUACAACCCUCUUGGUUGGAAGCGAGAACAAAUCAUCAAAGUGCCGGUAAACAAUGAAUCACUUACCGUAAAAGAUUCAGAUGGCAACACAGUUCUAUCACAGCUUGUACCUCUGGAAAAUUCAACAGUCAAUUUGACAAACUACUUUAAGAAAGAAAAUCAGAGCAUAUCAUUAGACAAAAGCCCUCUUUUUUCACUUUUUUUUCAAGUGUCUGUGCCACCCCUUGGAUUCAGCACAUAUAUUAUUUCAAAAGACAAUGGGACUAGACCUGUUUUAUCAACCAAACAAACUGCAGCAGUGAAUGAAACGACAUAUGAGGCUGGACCGGGCAACUUCAGAAUGACAUUUUCCUCUAUAUCUGGUCAAUUACAACGGAUAUCAAAUUCCAGGACAGGGGUAAACGUCCCAGUCCAACAGUCCUAUCUUUGGUAUGGUUCUUCUAAUGGGGAUGCUAGUGAUUCCCAGGCUUCCGGAGCAUAUAUCUUUCGUCCAAAUGGUGCACCACCAACAGCCAUUUUAGAACCGGUCCCAUUAACUAUCAUGACAGGACCUUUGGUUCAUGAGAUCCACCAGAAAUUCAAUUCAUGGAUCUAUCAGGUUACCAGGCUUUACAAGGACAAGGAACAUGCUGAAGUGGAAUUCACUAUUGGUCCCAUUCCUGUGGAUGAUGGUGUUGGAAAAGAAGUGAUCACUCGAAUGACAGCAAAUAUGGCUACCAACAAAGUCUUCUACACAGACUCCAAUGGAAGAGAUUUUAUAAAGCGGGUAAGGGAUUACAGAACUGAUUGGGAUCUACAAGUACACCAACCUGUGGCAGGAAAUUAUUAUCCAAUUAAUCUUGGGAUGUAUAUGGCAGAUAACAAAAUAGAAUUUUCAGUUUUGGUUGACCGUGCUGUUGGAGGUUCAAGCAUCCAAGAUGGGCAACUUGAAAUAAUGUUUCACAGGCGGUUGAUCAAUGAUGAUGGCCGAGGAGUUGGUGAAGCUCUUGAUGAAACUGUUUGUGAAGUAGAGUGUGAAGGACUAACGGUAAGAGGUACUUAUUAUGUGAGCAUCAAUGCUAUUGGAAAUGGUGCACAAUGGCGUCGCACUACUGGACAAGAAAUAUAUUCCCCAUUACUAUUAGCUUUCUCACAGGAGGAGGCUCAAAAUUGGGAUGCUUCUCAUUCUAGGUUUACAGCAAUGGAUCUAAAUUAUUCAUUACCGAACAAUGUUGCAAUACCCACCCUCCAGGAGCUUGAAGAUGGAAGUGUGCUUCUACGACUAGCUCAUUUGUAUGAGGCAGGGGAAGAUUCAUUAUAUUCACAGGUUGCAAAAGUUGAGCUCAAAAAGGUUUUCUCAACCAAAACGGUAUUGAAAAUCAAGGAGAUGAACUUGUCGGCUAAUCAAGAGAAAUCAGAAAUGAAGAAAUUAAAUUGGACAGUAAUAGGUGAUAAUACCACAGAAGUUGGUAGUGUAAGAGGUGGUCCUGUGGAUGAUAGGGACAUGAUUGUAGAGUUGGGCCCAAUGGAAAUCCGCACUUUUAUCUUGCAAUUCUAAUAACUAGUCAACAUAUUGCCUGUUUUGAAUUACAUUUAUCUGUGAUCUCCAUCAUCCAAAUUACUUAAAAAAGGAUGAUUAUGAAAUAAGAUCCUUUGGUGAGCAACCAGUGUUCCCUUUAACAUUGAUCAUAUCUUGGGGUUAAUCUACUUCAAUUGGUGAGGCCUCAAAUGAUCAUAUAUUGGGGUUAAUCUACUUCAAUUGGUGAGGCCUCAAAGGGAUUUCAAUGUAAUCACCCAUACUUUAAUAAUAAUAAUAAUAAUUUAUUUUGCUUGUG